GUGUAAAUUAAUCUCUCAUCUGGACUAGCUCUUUUGCUGUGUCUAUCCAUUGUCCACUCGCCAUCGUAUCAGUGCAAGAACCAAAAACACAAGCAUGAAGAUAAUGGUGGCCAUCAAGCGAGUCAUCGACUACGCUGUGAAGAUCAGAGUCAAACCCGAUAAGACCGGCGUUGAGACUAACAACGUGAAGAUGUCGAUGAACCCAUUUUGCGAGAUAGCUCUGGAAGAGGCUAUUCGGGUCAGAGAAGCUGGGUUGGCGUCGGAGGUCAUCGCCGUCAGCAUGGGUCCCACACAGUGCGUCGACACUCUCCGGACUGGUCUCGCCAUGGGGGCUGAUCGAGCAAUUCAUGUCGAGACACAGGAAAUGCUUUACCCGCUUUCGGUUGCAAAGAUGAUCAAAGCACUUGUCGAUAUUGAGAAGCCUGGACUCAUUAUUCUGGGCAAACAGGCCAUUGAUGAUGAUUGCAAUCAAACAGGACAAAUGGUGGCUGGGCUUCUCAAUUGGCCACAAGGGACCUUUGCUUCCAAGGUUGUGCUGGACAAAGAUAAACAAGUAGCUACAGUUGAUAGAGAGGUGGAUGGUGGCCUUGAGACUUUGUGUCUAGACUUACCAGCAGUAAUAACCACUGAUUUGAGGCUGAACCAGCCAAGGUAUGCCACACUUCCCAACAUAAUGAAAGCAAAAUCAAAGGUCAUAAAGAAGUUUACUCCACAGGAGUUGAAUGUGCAAAUCAAAUCUGAUUUUGAGGUUGUUCAAGUCACUGAACCACCCAAGAGAAAAGCAGGUGUCAUUGUUUCUUCUGUGGAUGAGUUGAUUGACAAGCUCAAAAACGAAGCUCAUGUCAUUUAAAUUUUGUUUCUUCUGCUAAAAUCUUUUUACUGACCAAUUCUGUCCCAUCCGAUGUCAAAUUGCUCUGUAAUGUUUAAAAUUUACAGUAUACUUCUGCUCUGGAUCUCUUUUAAUAAAGGUUCCAUUAGCUCGUGA